CCCCUUAAAUAAAAAUAAUAUUUUCAAUUUCACUUUAUACAAAAUGGAAGUAAACUUGGGGUAUAAGCACUUUUGAGUUGAGCUGUCAUUCAAACCCCAAACAAGUAUAGUAUAACUGUGUGUGUAUAUAACCACAUGAGGCUUUGCAGAAUGAAUGUGCAAAUUAAAGUUUGGGUGAGCAAAGUUUAGGAGAAAUAAAAUAUGGCGGAGGCGGAAGAGAAUCAGAUGCUGCUGCCCAUCUAUUGCAGAUCAACUGAUCAUAAAGAUCAAUUACCAAUAAUGGACAAUGCCGUGGUAGUUGAAGUCAAAGACAAUCUGAAGAAACUGCUGAUGAAAUCAGUAGCUGUGGAGAAGUUGGGAUCAUCAGGAAAAACCAUCAAACCUUCGAUUUACAAAAUACCAAACUUCAUUAAAGAUGUCCAUAAGGAAGCGUACAUGCCACACAUGGUUUCGUUUGGGCCGUACCAUCAUGGGGAAAAAAAUUUGGCUCCAAUGGAACAGGAAAAACUGAAAGUGUUUCGGCAUCUCGUAGACGUCAAAGGAGUCGAUUACGAGUCGAUUGUGAGUGAUGUGUCGAACAUUUUGGAAGAUCUGUAUGGAGCAUAUGAUGACCUUGAUGAGGAUUGGUGGAAGGAUAAUGCUGGCAGUGCUAAGUUCAUGAAGAUGAUGAUUAUAGAUGGGUGUUUCAUGCUGGUUUUCUUAUCGAACGAUGAAGGUUGCAGGUCGCUAAUUACUUUGAAAUCAGAUAUAAAGCGAGACAUUUUACUGCUUGAGAAUCAGCUGCCUUUCCAGCUUCUUAAGCUGUUGUAUGAAAUAUUACCAAUUAGAAAGGAUCAAAAUACAACUUUGACUUCACUUAUAAGCAACUUAUUGUUUGUCGAGAAAGAUGAGCUAGCGAUAGUGGAAAAGAAGCACAUUUUACAUAUGUAUAGAGCGUCAUUAUUGUAUCCACCUACUCUAAACUAUCCCAUUAGGGAUGAAAUAAAGGAAAAUAACAAGGACGACGAAUUCGGGCUAAAGUGUCAAAUCAUUCCACAGGCAACACUGCUUCGCGAAGUCGGAAUAAGAUUUCAAAAAAGCAAAAACAAAAGCCUUGAAAACGUGAGUUUUGAAAAAGGCGUGUUGACACUACCAAGUCUAAUUGUAGAUGAUAAUACCAAAACAAAUUUACUAAAUGUGAUGGCAUUUGAGAAACUCCAUGACGAAGUUGGAAGUCAAGUGACAUCUUUUGUAGUGUUGAUGCAUAAUUUGAUCCGCAUAGAUAAAGAUGUCCAGCUAUUGUCAAAUGGUAAUAUUAAUAUAAUAGCCAAUGCUUUUAUGAACGAUCGAGACGCGGUGAAUUUGUUUAGUGCACUUGGGAAAGGAGUGUAUAUGGAGACCAAUAAUUUAACAAAAAUAUAUAUUUCGGUGAAUCAAUACUGUGAUAAAUCAUGGAAUAAAUGGUGUGCUGAUCUUAAACAGAGUUACUUUCAAAACCCAUGGUCUAUUCUCUCAUUGUUUCAUGCCGGUGUUUUUGGUUUCGCUAUCCUUAUUGUUCAAGCUGUCUACCAAAUUGUUGACUUCCACACAAAGAAGUAAAAAGGGAUCAAAAAAAUAUUAUCGUCUUUGAAUUACAAAUUGUCACGUGAAAAACGCUUUUAUUAUUAUUCUUAAUUAUUGUUAUUAUUUUCUUUUUAAACAAUGAUAUGAGUGUACUACUCUAUAAUAA